AUGGACGCCACCGAUUACCAGACUCGAGGUAAGGAGCUGGUGGACUACAUCACCGCGUACCUGCUUGGAGUACGUGAGCGGUCCGUGAACCCAUCCGUGCGGCCCGGCUACUUGCGUCCCCUGCUGCCCGCCGGCCCCCCGCAGCAAGGAGAGCCCUGGGAGAGAAUCUUUGAGGACGUGGAGCGGCUCAUCAUGCCUGGGAUCGUGCACUGGCAGAGCCCACACAUGCACGGGUACUACCCGGCACUCAACUCGUACCCCUCUCUUGGAGACAUGCUCGCCAAUGCGAUCAACUCCAUCGGCUUCACAUGGUACCUGAUGUGGUCAACACCAGUAACAGGGAAAUCAUGCGUCAAGCCGGCUAGCACGGAGCUGGAAUUGGUGAUGACGGACUGGCUGGCGACCAUGCUGUCCCUACCCGACACCUUCCGGCACGACCACCCAGAGGGACGCGGUGGCGGAGUCAUGCAGACCACGGUGAGCGAAUCCAACCUGCUGGCGCUGCUGGCAGCACGGACGCGCGCUCUUGCCCGCCUGCGCGGGGACGCGCGCGUGGACGUGGGACAGGACGCGCUCCUCAACGCACGCCUCGUGGCGUACACCUCCGACCAGGCUCAUUCGUCGGUGCUGAAGGCGAGCCUCGUGUCGCUGGUGAGGCUGCGCUCGCUGCCCACGGACUUGGAGUUCUCGCUGCGCGGGGAGACGCUCCAACGCGCCGUGGAGGAGGACCGAGCACAGGGUCUCGUCCCGUUCUUCGUGUCUGUAACCCUCGGCACCACGGGCUUGUGCGCCUUCGACAACCUGGCCGAGCUGGGUCCAAUUUGCCGCCAGGAAGGGCUGUGGCUGCACGUGGACGCGGCGUACGCGGGCACUGCCUUCCUGUGCCCCGAGCUGCGUGACCCCUGCGCGUGGGUCGAGUUCGCCGACUCGUUCGUGGUCAACCCAUCCAAGUGGAUGAUGGUCAUGGACAGCGCCGUCUUCUGGGUGGCGGACAAGUUUAGCCUGCAGAAGACGUUCAGCGUGGAGCCUCUGUACCUCCAGCAUGCGCACUCCAACUCGGUCACAGAUCUCAUGCGCUGGCAGAUCCCACUGAGCUGUCGCUUCCGUGCACUCAAGAUCUGGUUCGUCCUUCGAUCGUUCGGCGUCGGUGGACUGCAGGAGCAUGUGCGCAGGUGAGUUCAACUCGCAAGAUUUUUUGAGAACCUCGUGCGUGAAGAUCCACGCUUUGUUCCAGUAAAGAGGCACCUAGGACUUGUGGUUUCCGGCCCUAACGAGCUGACAAAUGAGCUCCUGGUGCAACUCAACGCAUCGGGGCAGCUAUUCGUGGUGCCAGCCAUGGCUGGAGACAAGUUCAUCAUCCGCUUCACCAUCACGUCCCAGUUCACCACCGAGGCGGACCUGCUGCAGGACUGGAGCCUCGUGUCGCAGGCUGCAUUAGGCCUGCUACAGGGCCCGACACCAGAGAGUGGUGUGUGGCACAGCGUAACAGACAGAUCUUCCUCACCCAUGGAGGGCUCCACCUCCCGAUCACUGCCAUCGUCACCACAGGGAAAUGAGGAUGAGCAGUCAGACGAGUGCGCUGGUGUGACCGCCAUAGACCCAUUCGAGCUGGCUAUCGGCACGCCGGCAGAGGCCAGCUUCCAGAUGCAAGCAAUCGUGGUGAAGCACUGA